CAAAGCUCCUUAAAUUAUAUUUUCUUUUUCUUCCUUCUUUUUUCUUUUCAACUUCAACAAGGUUUUUUGCCACACAUUUUCGUGUGAGCUCUACCUUAACAUGGAUUUUAUAUCAAGUAUUGGAAAUAAGCGUAGUAAUAGGAAACCAAGCAGCAGGUUAAGGGCAGCAAGCUAUGCUAGAAGAAGUUCAAUCACUUCAGUUACAAAUACACCCCCUUUGAUUAUAUCAAACAAAGUACCUAAAAAAGAUCUGAAACCUUCCAAAACAGUCAACUCUGAUAAAGCAAAUGAAAGCAAAAAGACGGAGACAUUGACAUUCAAUUUGUCGACGACUACGGAAGAUCAGGAUAGUGCAGAAGACUUAUUUACAGAAGUAGCAAAACAACUCGAUCUAGAUGAAGAACAACUCGCUAGUCUUUCUGAUGAGUACAUUGCGGCUUCAAAAAGAGUCAUUUCAAAAAAGUCAUCAACUUCUACUUUGAAAUCAAUUGGUAGCGCAGCAUCAAAGAAAACUGCUCCACCCAACUAUGUCAAAAUAUUAUGUAAGCAACGACAAAAGGGGAUUACGUAUGAACUUAUACUGGAAGUAUCCUAUUAUAUCAGAACCUCGGAUAGUUGGUUAGAGCGGUUUAUCCAGGAUGGCGGUAUGCAAGUGAUCGCAAAAGAACUCGGGAUUAUCCACAAAAAACAAAAUAGAACACAGACAGAUCAUAAAAUAGAACUCGAGAUCUUGAAAUGCUUAAACACUUUGAUGAACAAGAAGUCAGGUAUUCAAGAAGCCUUCAAGCAUUCUCGAAUCAUCGAUAACUUUUGCGUUUCGCUCUUAUCGCCUUAUAUCCCUGCAAGAACCCAGGCCUGUGAGUCCUUGACUGCCUUUUGUUUUUUACCAAAUGGCAGAUCGAUGGUACUGCAUGGCAUGGAACUAUUAAAACAGUUUGGAAAAGACUUUGGACGUUUCGACGCUUGGCUACGGGCAUUGGAGAAAACAUUGGAUGGAAGAGGAAAGAUGGGAUCUGCAGUUGGAGCUAGCCAUGAUCUAAAGGCUACGGGCAUGGUGGGGGCGGGUGAUUCGCAAAUAACACAGUACAUGUUCAUUAGCGUAUUGUUUAUCAACACCCUCGUCAGACCUGAUAUUGUUGAAGAUCGUAAAGAAAGGCUUCUAGUAAGCCAAGAGCUAGAAAAGGCGGGUGUAAACGAGAUAUUUAAAAAGAUGGAGCAACUGAAUCACGAACACAUCAAUCUUGCCAUUCAAAAGUUUAGAGAAGAAAUAGAAGUAGAUGCAAUGCAAGAGGAUAUGGAAACCUUUUUCAGCAUGGAUCCGAUGAGUGUCUUGCACAGUUUACUUACCUUGACACAAAACACACCCAGUUAUAACAGUUUACACCAUAUACUUUGCUAUUUGUUAAAGAUUCAAGACAAUCCCGAGAAAAGCAAUUAUCAAUUUCAGUUAAUAGAGAUGCUUGUUCAGCAAGUAGCCACAGAUGCAAAUAACUAUUCAGAAAAUGCGAGUGAGUUUACUGUACAAAGUUUAAUACCCAAAUUCUCCAAAGAGCAGUAUGUUGAAGAAGAGAUAUACCCAAAAUCACCUAUUGGAACUAUUACGCACAAUGAUGGCUGUGAAGACCUUAUAAGAGCAUUAGAAGCAAAGAUAGAAUAUCUUGAAAAAGACCUUAGCCUUUCACGGCAAACCAAUGCGAUGUUGAAGAUAUUUUUUAAAAGUACGGAAGAACGAUAUAAAUCUGAAUUACUAGACACUGAGACAAAGAUGAGAAAGCUACAUGAUUCAGUACGAAGUCUUACAGAGUAUGGUAAUCCGUCACCGAAGCGACGAAGCUUUAGAAAUCAUCACCUUCAGCUCGUAAACACAUCUUCUCAGCCAUCACAACAACCACAAUCACAAAAACAGACUCAACCGCAGCAAAAAGCGCAACCAGUGCAGCAAAAAGUACAGCCAGUACAGCAGCAGCAACAACAACAACAGCAGCAACAAGCGGCAAAUAGCCAUGCUCAAUCUCACUCUCGUAGCAACCAAACAAAGACGCCAGUGUCACGGAGUCCUUCAAGGAACUCGAUUGCUACGUCGAAAUCACCUCGUAUAUCACCUUCAGCUACCUCUAAUAACGUUUCUUCAAGCUCUACUGCCAGUAAAGUUCCAUCGCCUUCACCAAGACGAUCAGAGGAUAAUGGUCAGCAUUCGGCAAGAGCGUCCUUUUCCAAUCAACACAGUAGUGGAUUUUCAGAAACAAUUCGACAGUCACUGAAAUCCAAGAUUGGAAGUUUUGUUAGAAGGUCAAGCAAUGAUGCUUUAUCCAAAAAAGCUCGUGGUAACUCGACUGAUUCAGCAGUAAGCAUAGGAUCAAAGAAAUCAGGAAGCAGUAGCCGUAAGAGUUCAAUCAAUCAAUCUAUAACAACGUCGUCUAGCCAUGGAAGUCUACAGAGUGCAAAGAAUAUAUCAGAAAAGGACACUAUUAACUCUUUAACUUCGAAUACAACCGAAAAUCAACGGUCGAGAAAAUCGAUUGUGGAAGACCUUGGCACGGCAGAAGACUUGAUGAUGCACCCUUCAUCUAUCGUUCCAUUGGACUCUGUUCCAGAGAUUGAAGUCAUACCUGAACAGGAUGAAAAAGGAUUUUCAUUUGAUAAUUAUGUCUUUGGCGAGGACCUGUCUGCAGAAAAAGAAUCAAAGGAAGAAGAAUCCAUAACUGAUGAAGUAACGGGAGCAUCAUCGCCUCCACCGCCGCCCCCUCCUCCACCUCCACCUCCACCUCCACCUCCCCCACCAUUACCAACCUUAUCUGGGCAAAUUCUACCUUCUUCAAGUGAAGGCAAUACAGAAAAUAAUGGUUUAGAAGUGCAAUCACCGCCACCUCCAGUGUUUUUAGGCAGCAGCGGAAGAAAGCCUAGCGCGUUUCAACCCAAACAGAAGCUAAAAUUUGUAGAAUGGGAAAAGAUGAACUUUUCGAGCAUUAAGCAAACGAUUUGGCACGAUUUUGAACGCGAGAUUGAAGUAUCAGUUCACAAGCAAAUUGAAUCCACUGACUCACUCAUGGAAUAUCAAUUAGCAAAGGCUGGGGUAUUUGACGAUGUUGAGAUAACAUUUGCUCAAAAGCCAGUCGUUGAACUUAAAGCAAAACCACUCAAAGAAGAAACACUGAUAUUAGACACCAAAAAAGCAUAUAAUUUGAAUAUAUUUAUAAAAAACAUUAUCAAGAAGAUCCCUUUUGAUGAAAUUCGCUUCUCUUUUUUGAGAUUGGAUCCUUACUUUUUAGAUGAACAAAUCAUUCUAAACUUGUUAAAGUAUCUGCCGACACCAGAUGAAACGGAAAAACUAAAGCCUUUUGAAGAUGCUCCUUUGGAGGAUGUUGAAAAGCUGGGAAUGCCAGAGAAGUUUUGCUUACAGAUGAUGAAAAUCUCAAGACUCAAAGAAAGACUUGAAUGCAUGUUGUUUAAAUCUACUUUUUGGGAAAGAUAUACGUUGUUGCAUAAGCAAAUUACUUCUGUUUACAAUGCAUCUGUAGCACUGAAAGAUGCCAAAUGCUUCAAGGAACUUCUGCAUUUAAUCCUUUUGCUAGGCAAUUUUUUGAAUGGAAACACUUAUCGUGGUGGAGCAUUUGGAAUAAAGAUUGCCAGCAUAAAUAAGCUGAUAGACACCAAAGGAACAUCAAAAUCUACAACCCUACUACACUUUUUGGUUGAAGCUGUAGAGAAGAAUUUUCCAAACAUUUUACCUUUUCUAGAAGAGUUAGAUGAAUGCGGCCAAGCAUCCAAAGUCUCUCGUGCCGAAGUUACUGCUGAAUAUCAGAGCAUUGAACAAGAAUUGAGCAAACUGGAAUCAGAGCUAAAGGAACAUUUUCCAUUGCCUAAUAAUAAUGGAAAUGCAGAAGAGGGUGAAGGCCUAAAAGAGUUGGAUAAGUUUGCAAUUGAGAUGCAUCAGUUUUAUAAAGAAUCUUCGACUGAAUUUAAGCGCAUUCAAAUGCUUUCAAAGAAGAUGGAAGAAAACUACGACCAGACUGUUAGAUUCUAUGGUGAAGAUCCCAAGAAGAUGCCACCAGAUGAAUUCUUUGGUAUAUUCAAGGAGUUUACAACUAAUUGGGAGAAAUGCUCUGCUGAUUCGAGAGAACACAGAUUGAGACAGGAAAGAUUAGAGAAGCAGAAGAAGAGAGAACUAGAGCGACGAAAACGAGCCUAUAGCAACGCCGGCAAAGCUAAAGGAGCUGAUGGGGAAGAUGAUAAGGCCAUUUUACACAGUUUGCUUGACAAGUUGAAAAAGGACACACUUGAUGUGAAGGCAAGAAGACGAAGCCAGCGACAGAGGCAGAGAUCUACAAGUGUGAGUACAACCCUUCAGCAGUCAUAUUCUACACAAAAUGUGGAUCCAAUCUAUCAAAGAGCCAACAAAAUGCUUAGAUCUAUUCAGGCAGAGGCAUCCAGCUCACUUUUAGAAGCGACAAGUCCGACAGCUAGCGCUCUAGUAGACUUUAAUCAUUCCGCUAGCAAUCGUAUGAUCUUGCCUGACGGUGGAAGACGACGUAUGAGCGCCUCUGUACUUCAUGUAUCUCCUGGUUUCAGGCAGAUAUUUGCUGACAAAGACACCACGGAUAGUCCAAUGUCGGCUACUGCCCCGUCUUCGACAUUACUGAUUCCUAAUGUACAGGAUAGCACAAGCAGUCUUAGAAGCCGUCGUCAUGCCAGGCCAUUAUCCGCUAUUAUCAUUCCAGAAUCAACUAUUUCUUCACAAUCACUAACAACUGCACCCGCAACAACUAGACAUGUUAGAGUUAGAAAAACCAGUACUAGACCCGUCUUUGAUCAUACCCUUCGAGUUAGAGCAAGGAGAAUGAGCACAAAAUAAUCCCUUAUUUCUUAUAAUGCAUGUGUAUAUGUAUGCUUGUAUAUUUAUUAGCAAAAUAAAACCU